AUGAGGUUGAUGCUGCUGUGCUGCACUUGGAGGGACGAGCCCAUGGGAGAGGACGAAGGAAGUGACCUGCCAAUAUGUGCCAGUUGCAGCCACAGCAUCUACGAUGGUCAGUACUUGCAAGCCCUGAACGCCGAUUGGCAUGCCAGCUGUUUCAGGUGCUGCGAAUGUGGGGCUUUGCUUUCCCAUCAGUACUACGAGAAGGAUGGUCGUCUUUACUGCAAAAAGGAUUACUGGGCCCACUUUGGGGAACUGUGCCAUGGCUGUUCGGAGCAGAUCACCAAAGGGCUUGUCAUGGUGGCUGGGGAACAAAAAUAUCACCCUGAAUGCUUCAGCUGCCUGAACUGCCAGGUGUUCAUUGGCGAUGGAGAUACUUACGCACUGGUGGAGCGAUCCAAGCUUUACUGUGGGCACUGUUAUUACCAGAUGGUGGUGACACCUGUGAUGGAUCAGCUGCUUCCAGAAUCUCCUGGCACCCGGAUUCCACACACUGUCACCCUGGUGUCUAUUCCAGCAUGUUCCGAAAGCAAGCGGGGGUUUUCCGUCUCCAUUGACAAGCAUGGAGGUUCUGAGCACCCACAUACUGUGCGCGUUCGUGAAUUAGACCCAGACUGCAUAAGCCCUGAUAUGAAGAAUUCCAUCCAUGUUGGUGACCGCAUUCUGGAAAUUAAUGGCACACCAAUCCGUCAUGUCCCACUGGAUGAGAUCGAUCUUCUGAUCCAAGAGACCAGUCGCCUGCUGCAGCUGACCAUUGAACACGACCCUCAUGAUAUAAUCGAAAGCAGCCCUCUUUCAGAGCUGCGCAGUCCCCUCCAUUCGCCCAGCCACACACCUUGCCCAGACCCUUCAGCCAUUCGCCAACGCUCUGUCAUGAGGAGCUGUAGCAUUGAUAAAUCACCUUGUUCCAGCUCUCUGGGCUCCCCCUCCUCCCAGAGGAAAGAUAUUGGUCGCUCAGAAUCACUACGCGUUGUCUCCCGUCUUCAUCGCAUCUUCCGCCCCUCGGAUCUCAUUCAUGGCGAGGUGUUGGGCAAGGGCUGCUUCGGGCAGGCCAUUAAGGUGACACACCGGGAGACUGGAGAAGUGAUGGUCAUGAAGGAACUUAUCCGUUUUGAUGAGGAGACUCAAAGGACGUUUCUUAAAGAGGUGAAGGUAAUGCGCUGUCUGGAACAUCCCAAUGUGCUGAGGUUCAUUGGAGUCCUCUACAAAGACAAGAGGCUGAACUUCAUCACAGAGUACAUCAAGGGAGGCACACUUCGUGGGCUCAUUAAAAGCAUGGAUAGUCAGUAUCCUUGGAGCCAGCGGGUCAGUUUUGCAAAAGAUAUCGCUUCAGGGAUGGCUUAUCUCCAUUCUAUGAAUAUCAUUCACAGGGACCUCAAUACACACAACUGCCUUGUGCGAGAAAACAAAAAUGUGGUGGUGGCUGAUUUUGGCCUUGCUCGGCUGAUGGUGGACGAGAAGAACCAGCUAGCAAACCUGAAGAAGCCUGACCGAAGGAAACGGUACACCGUGGUGGGCAAUCCUUACUGGAUGGCUCCUGAGAUGAUCAAUGGGAGAAGUUAUGAUGAAAAAGUGGAUGUCUUCUCUUUCGGCAUCAUCCUUUGUGAGAUCAUUGGAAGAGUUAGCGCUGACCCUGACUACCUGCCUCGAGCCUUGGAUUUUGGCCUCAAUGUGCGAGGCUUCCUGGACCACUACUGCCCUCCCAGUUGUCCUCCCAGCUUCUUUCCUAUUGCUGUUUGUUGCUGUGAUUUAGAUCCUGAGAAACGGCCUUCCUUCAGUCGGUUGGAGCAGUGGCUAGAAGCUCUCCGCAUGCAUCUGGCUAUGCAACUUCCCCUGAGUCCACAGCUGGAGCAAUUGGACCGAGUCUUCUGGGAGACACACCGGCGAGCUGAGAGUGGACUGUGUGCACAUGCUGAAAUGUCUGAAUGA